AUGUGGUGGAUCAGCAGCAUAAUUGAUGCUGCAGAUGUUAGUUCAUCAGCAAUCAGAAGCAGCAAAGAUGACGACGUGGUUGGUUUUGAAGAAGAUCUGAAAAUGAUCAAGAAUCGGCUUUUAUGGGGACCGUCCACACUACAGGUCCUCGCUGUUGUUGGAAGAGGAGGCAUUGGUAAGACCACACUUGCUAAAACUGUUUAUGAAGAUGCAUCUGUUAUGAAAUAUUUUAAUUUGUGCUCUUGGAUCACAAUAUCACAAGAUCAUAGUGUAGAACGUAUUGUUCUAAAUCUGCUAGCUUCCAUGAAAGGAAUUUCGGCAGUAAGAGAUGCUGAGAGCGACAUUCCAAUGGAGUCUUUAAUUCACAAACACUUGGAGCGUAGCAGGUAUCUUAUUGUAAUGGACGACAUGUGGAGUAAGAAAGCUUGGGAUGAUGUAAAGAUGUUGUUUCCUGAUACCCGCAAUGGGAGUCGGAUCAUAGUGACCACAAGGAUGCAGGAUGUGGUUGAUUAUGUCAGCUCUUCUAGCUCCAUUCAUCCAAUGAGGCUGUUGGAUGCACAUCAUAGCUGGAAUUUGCUAAAGCAGAAGGUGUUCGCCGAUAAAGACUUCCCUGUUGAACUAGAAGAUAUUGGGAAGAAAAUUGUUCAAAAUUGUGGAGGACUCCCCCUUUCAAUCGUGGUGGUGGCAGGACUUCUAUCUAAGGUUCGUACUCGAUCCUCAUGGGAGCAAAUUGCUGCAAAUGACGGGCAGCUUGAAACAAUAAUUUGUUUAAGUUAUACUCAUUUACCCAAUCACUCGAAGCCAUGUCUUUUAUAUAUGGCUGGCUUCCCAGAAGAUCAGGAGAUUCGUGUUACGGAACUUGUUAAUCUUUGGAUAUCCGAAGGUUUUGUAACACAUUCAAAUGGAUCAAAAAGCUUGGAAGAGGAGGCAGAAGAUUGUUUGGAGGAUCUUGUCGAGAGAAGUCUAGUUUUGGACACCAACAGGAAGUUUGAUGGGAAAAUAAAGAGUUGUCGCCUUCAUGAUACUGUGCGGGAAUUUCUCGUAAGGGAGGCUACGAAAGAGAAGAUAAUUCUUUCUGUUAUGGAUUACUUACCUACUCCUAUCCUGCGAAAGCAUUUUGUUCCACGUCUCAUAAAAGAUCAUCAUAGGAUAAGUGCUAGUUCGUAUGAUCUACAUCUCAAAGACUAUGUGCAUAGCUCAUACAUCCGUACCAUAAUAUGUAUUCCGAAGAAAGGGUAUAGAUCUAUGGGCGUUGUAGAGAAGUUUAGUUCUCUGAGGGUCCUUCAUGUUUUACGUAGAAGCGAUUAUUGGGAUUGGGAGCCAGAUUGCGGAUCAACAGAGCCGACAGCCAUACUUGCAAAAAAGUUGAGGAAAGUAGCACAGAGACUGCAGUCAACCGUUGGAGAUGUGGUGGAUUACAUCAAGGGUAAGGGCGUAACUGAUUCUCCUGCUGUUGGUUCAUCAUCAAGAUCAGCAAUCACAAGCAGCGAAGAUGGCUUUUGGUGGAAUCAUCCAGACUACGGGUUCUCCCAAUUGUUGGAAGGGGAGGCAUUGUGUGGUUGGGUCACAAUAUCACAAGAUUAUAAUAUAGGAACUAUUGCUUUACAUCUCCUAGCUUCCAUUAAAGGGAUGUCAGCUGAUAGGAAGAUUCCUAUCGAUUCCUUAAUUCGUGAAUACCUCCACAACAACAAAUAUCUGAUUAUAGUUGACGACAUUUGCAGUAAGAAGGCUUGGGACGAGGUAAAGAUGUUAUUUCCUGAAAAUGACAAUGGAAGUCGGAUCAUAUAUAGUAACAACAAGGCUACAAGAUGUGGCUGCUUAUGUUCGCUAUUCUAG